UACUGGAGGGCAAUUAUAAAUUGAUAUGCAAUGUGUGAAUUCAGAAUAAGCAUAUCAAAUAUUGACAAAUAUAUCUUAUCAUAUGACAUCAUAUUAUAUUUCCAAAGAGUUAAUACCGAUCCAAAGCAGACACGAUGAACAGCGAAUUGAGAAGACAGGUACUAGGUUGUUUCAAGCAGUUACAUAGAACCCGACUGAAGGUUUUUGAGGGUGAUACAAGAGCACUAAUUGCUGCACGCCAGAGGAUAAAUGAAGAAUUUGCGAAAAAUAGAAAUAUUUCAGAUGCUGAAGAUGUGAAAAAGCUUGUUGACUUUGGACACCAGGUGGAGGAAGUUCUUUGUAAAAGUGUAGUUCAAGCUGUUCAGAAAGACGAUGGAGUAUAUACUGCCAAGAUUCGUGAUGAAACAACCAGACUGGAUAAUAAACCUUAUACCGAAAUGCCCGAGAGCUUGAUUGGCCCAUUCAAGAAAAAAAGGACAAAAUGCAGUGACCAGGAAAAGUAAAAUGUAAAAGUAAUAAAAAAAGAAAAAAGAAAAUAUGCACAUGAAAAGAGAAUUAUGCAUCUCUAUAUUGCAUGCCCUGUAUAUAUGUCUGUAAAUACCAGGUCUUAAGAUUAGCUUGUCAGGUUAUAAAGGACUAGCAGAUGAUUUAGAAAAUGAUAACUGCUCAGUCAUCUGAUUAGUUUGUUUUUUUCUCAUUUCUCAUCUUGUUAAUAGUAAAAGUAAUUAAGCAGAA